AUACAUUCUUAUUAUAUUCAAAUGUUGAUACUGAACUUACUCAUGCUGCACCAAAUAUUGAAUUGGAUGAAUUACGACAACAAGUCUUGAAUACAACCUUAUCUAUGGGACUAAAGGAUGAAAUUGAAGAAGAUAUUUAUGCAGUAGACGAAAUUGAAGAAGAACUUUUUAUAUUAGAAGAAAAUCAAAGUGAUGAUAUUUCUAUCGAAGGUGAAUUAUUGAUAAUCGGCAAUACUAUGGACUUAAAUUCAUAUAAUUUUAAAAUACAACCAUUAGCAUUAGAUAAUUGUAAUUUUGAAUGUAUUGGAGACAAAAUUGAGGAGGAUCAUGGCAAUGUGGAAUUCGAUGUUGAUGCUUUA